GUGGAUCCAUAUUACCUUGUUAGCAGGUUGCACAGCUAGCUGGACACAGGCGGCUCGGCUGCACUGGGAUGUCCCACCCUUUCUAACCCAAAGCAGACACCGUGCGGGUUUUAUCGGCUGUGAGGGAAGAGAAGAGGAGAGGAAACUGUGGAGAGAUGACGACGCGCUCCGAGAGAGAAAAAGCCCAGAAACUGAAUGAGCAGCAUCAGGCCAUUCUCUCUAAAAUGCUGAGAGAAGAGGACAACAAAUACUGUGCGGACUGCGAGGCGAAAGGUCCGAGGUGGGCGUCCUGGAACCUCGGUGUGUUCAUGUGUAUCCGCUGUGCCGGCAUCCACCGCAACCUGGGCGUCCACAUCUCCAGGGUCAAAUCUGUCAACCUGGACCAGUGGACCCCGGAGCAGAUCCAGAGCAUGGUGGAUAUGGGAAACACCAGGGCCAGACAGCUGUAUGAAGCUCACCUGCCAGAAAACUUCAGACGGCCACAGACGGACCAAGCGGUGGAGGUCUUCAUCCGGGACAAGUACGAGAGGAAGAAAUACUACGACGAGAACGCCGCCGUCACGGCUCCGAAGUCAUCUGAAGCUGCUCCUCCCUCCGUCUCGCCCUCCUCCUCCUCCCAGGCUGAUCGGAGCAGACAGGAGAAGGAACGAGAAAAGAAAAAAGAGGAGAAGAAGAAAGAGAAGGACGCUGGGGAGAAAGUGGAGCGACCCGCCAACGCAAAGAAGAAAGCUGAUCUUCAGUCGGAUUGCAAGGCCAGUCCGAAGAAGAGCCCGGAGCCGGCUGUGGACCUGCUGGGCCUCGAUGCUCCGGAGAGCGGUGCAGGUGGGAGGGGCUCCGGCAGCUCUGCACCAAUCAGUGAUGACCUGGACAUCUUCGGACCAAUGGUGUCCAACCCCCUGCCCUCGUCCAGCAACACACAGCUCGCUCAGGCUGGUUCCAGUCCAGCGCCUCCCCAGACAGACGCCGCCGCCGCCUCCUCCUCCUCCUCUUCCUCCUCCUCCACCACCAAGUCGGAGGAGAAGAAGCCUUUAUCGAAAGACUCCAUCCUGUCUCUGUACGCCAGCAGCUCGGUGGGCAGUCAGCCGCAGAGCCAGCAGCAGCCCGCACCAGGACAAGCAGGUCUGUACAUGGGCCAGCCUCAGAUGCAGUUCGCCCCGCAGGCCUUCGCCCCGGCGAUGGGCGGAGCCGUCCCGCCCACCACCAUGAUGGGCGGCGGCGGUGGCGUGAUGCCUGGAAUGGCCCUGCCCAACGGGAGCUACCUGGGCAUGCAGCCGGGCCUGAUGCCGGCCGGCCAGGGGCAGGGCGUGUACGGCAUGCCGCCGCCGCCGCAGCAGGCACAGUGGAGCAUGAACCAGAUGACCCAGCAGAUGUCAGGCGUGGCGGUGAGCGGCGGAGGUCCGACGCCACCGGCUUUCAACCAGUCGGCGGCUCCGAUGGCGGGCUGGUCGGCGCCUCCGGCGUCCGGCCAGACCCUCAGCACCCAGCUGUGGAAGUGAGGAGGAGGAGGAGGCGGGGGUGGGGGAGAGAGGGGAGGCCCAGGGCAAAAAUACGUAAAUCAAUAAAUAAAAUGAAGCGCCCUGUCUGCCUCUCUCAGGCGUCCCACCCCUUCGCUUCCUCCGCCAAACCAGGAACGCACAGCGACGGAGACGGCGGCGGCGGGGCGGGGCGGGGCCACCGCUCCGCAAAAACACCCUCACCUCCGCUCCCGACAUCAAACUGGGCGGAGUCUCUCGCUGGAUUUAAGAAAAAAAGAAGAAGAAGAAGAAAAAAGAAAGACUGGCAGCUCUCCUGUCUUCUUUUUUUUACAGUUUCCCUUUCUUUUUCCUCCGUCUUUUUGUCGUUUUCAUCCGGAGAGACUCGUGGAAAAAAAAAAAAAAGAAAAGCUGCUGGACUAAUAACUCCAAGUGUAGACUGUAGUCCUGUUCAUAUGAUAUCAUUACCAAACUGGAUAGUUAGCAAAAUAGUAUUUAAAUACCUAGAUAUGGCUAUCGUGUGGUUGGUCUACUAUGCCCCCCUCCCCCCUCUGAUGUGUAUAUUGUAAGCUCCGCCCCCCUCUCUCUCUCUCUCCCUCUCUCUCUCUCUCAUCAGGGCGAUCAGAGCCUGGUAGCAGAUGAUGGAGAGACGCCUCGCCGCGGCUCCACGCGUUUUGUUUCCUUCGUCUCGUCGCCGCCGCUCAGUUUCCCCGAAAAUAACUUCCCGUUUCUCGACCGAGUUCGAUACAGGACCAAGACUGUACUCAGUGUUUCCCGCUGAUAUUCACUAACAUGAAAUCUGAUCAGUUUUCUUACUAAAAAUCCCUGGUAAGAAAAGGAAAAUAUAAUUUAUAUUUUUUUUGCAAAAUUACUAAAUUUAAUUGCCAGUAUUGAGUAAAUCCAAAAUGUAACUCUGAAAUCACAUUGUCUAUUUAAAAAAAUCCCCAAAAUAUGAGCUUUUUUUUUUUUUUGCUAAAAAUGUCUUUUUAAUUAGCAAUAUUGAGUAAAAAUGAAAUUUGAAAUUUUUCUGAUGGAAAAACUUGAAAUUUAAUUAUGGUUUUUUUUUUGUUUGUUUUUGUUUUUUUUUUUUUUUUUGCUAAAUGUCCCAUUUUAAUUGCAAAAACAUCUCCCCAGAAUUGAAAUCUGAUCUUUUUACUCCUGAAACAUUCCCCCCAAAUUUUAAUAUUUUUUUAUUUUAAUUUUUUGUGGCAAAUUAUUUCAUUUUAAUUUCCGAUACAACCUAAAACUGAAAUCUGACCAAUUUCCCACUAAAACAUUCCCAAAAUAUGUUUGUAUUGUUUUUUCCAGAUGUCUCAUUGUAAUUGCAGAUAAUUUAGUUAAAAUGAAAUCCGACCAAAAAUCCCAAAACUUAUUAAUAUUGUGUGGUAAAAUAUCUAUAAAUUGCUAGUAUUAAGUAAAAAUGAAGUCUGACCUUUUUUUUUUUUUUUUACUGAAACAUUCCUAAGAAAUGAGUUGCAAGUGAAAUCUGACCAUUUGCCUCCAAAAAAAAAAAAAAAAAGUCAGUGUGACUCGGGUGGAGAGCUUCCCUCAGACGGCUGCUCUGUUAAUCUGUGGAAGAUUAAUAAAUGUAAUCUGACCACAGUCAUGGAUUAUCAGCUGCUCUCCACUUUAAAAACAAGCCAGAUCUCCACAAACGUCACAAUGGCCCUUUAAGGCUCAGUUAUCGCCCGGCGGCCCCUCGCCCAGCGGCCCCUCGCCCGGCGGCCCCUCGGUCGGCCUCAGGAUGACCAACAUGAGGAGUGUGGGCGAGGCGCUGGACGGCCUCAGAGACUCUGCAGGUCCGUUCUUCCAAAAGAGCCUGAGGCCCCGGCGGGCGGCUGCUGGGCCCCGAGCCCCUCACCUCACACACACACACACACACACACACACACACACACACCUGAGAGACCUGAGAGUGGCACCGCUCUGCUGAGGUGUGGGCAAAACUGAUGAGUCACCCUAAAAGUGAUGAGUCAUCCUUCACCUCCCUCUGGACAAGUGGGGCUCCGCUGCUGAUCCAUCAAACCUUCAUCCCUUUGAAACGUUUUAUUUUGAAAGGUUUUCUUUCACAAAAUUCACUUUAUUUCUUUGCAUUUUAAUUUUAAAUUUGAACAACAACAAUAUUAAUAAUAAUGAUAAUAAUAAUAACUAAAGUCUUUAUUUUUCUGACUUUUUUCUGGUAAUGUGACACUAAUUACUGGGACUGUUUUGUUUUGAGAUUUUUUUGGCAGAUUUUUUUAUUUUUUUUCUACUGUUUUACUUAUAUUUAGGUAAUUUUACUAAUUGCUUUUCAAUAAUUUUACUAAUUCUUGUCAAAUUUUUCAGUAGGUCAAUAGGUUCAAUGCUUUCACGGGCAUUUAAACACAAGAUUUUUUGCAAAUUUUUGUACUAGUGCUCCACUGUUUUGUUUUGUUUUGUUUUGUUUUUUUGUUUUUUAACUAAUUUGCUCUUCACCUUUUUUUCCUCAUGUUUUGUGAAAGAAAUCAAGUGAAUUUGCACAAGUUUCAAAGUUUCCAUCCGCAGGGCUCGGCGCCUCACCGGACGAUGUUUGAUGAGGAUGAAGAUGCCGUGGCCUUCAGUCACCAUCAUCAUCAUCAUCAUCAUCAUCAUCUAAACGCCACACGAGGGCGUGUCUUUCGGAAGCGCGGCGUCGGACUCUCCUCUCUGUCACCUCGUCCUCCGUCCUGCCUCCCUCUCCAUCUUUUCCCGUGCUGUUUUGUUGUGUGCAGUACAAGAGAAGCACAGCUAGUCUGAGGCAAAUAAACCUGGACGACCAAUCAGAGGGCUAGGAGGGGCUGGGGGGGAGGAGCAUGAGGAGGAGGAGGAAGAGGAUUGGACGGCGAGGUGCUGCUUAAAGCAGGACCUGCAUGAAAACUCUGGAUGGGUCCCAUCAUCGCUGUCCAAUCCUCCUUUAUUGCAUCCUGUGAGGGUGAGGAGGAAAUGAACAAAACACACACACACACAUGUAAAACCUACACACACAUACACACACACACACACACACACACAGGUCCAUUCAAGCACACACUGCCCAGCGCUGAUGCAGAGACUCUGGUCACAUGGACGGGGUCUCUCUGCCAUGCAAUAACCACAGCGCUCUCUUUAACACACAACACACAUACAUACACACACACACACACACACACACACACACACACACACACAGCUAUAAAAGAGACACACAUUGUACAUUUUCAAUAAACUCAAUGUCCUCCAGGUUUAUUUCGAAUGUGUUUACAUUUUCUGGUGCCUAGUACAGAGCAAAAAAAAAAAAAAAAAAAAUCAAAACAAAACAAAGUGGUUUCCGUGCAUUAAAACAGUGAAUAGCCAUGAACUCUGUGUGUGUG